GCCUCCUGUUCAAGUGGCCCCCUGGGUCACCUAGCAGUAUUGAGCUUUGGCCCAAGGACAGCCAGGAAUGCUUGCUUGUCUUGUGUCCUGCUUAGUGCGGUGGCACCCCAGCCAGCACCUGGGGUGGGGUCUGGAAGGACUUUUCAGGGUUCUGAGGGAGGUGCUAUCUUGACUUCCUUUGUCAAGGGAGAGAGGGAAAGCCUUGCGGACCCGACUCCUGGGUUUGGUUGAAUGCAUGGGCCGGAUUCCCACGCGUGGGUGUAGAGGCCCUUGGGACGAGAAGAAACAACCCUGGGCCCUGGGGGUCUGGGCCAUAGUCCACACUGGAGGAUAUUGAAUGCUCAGCGCCCGAGGGAGCCUACAGCGCCUGGGAUCCGCCCCUCGGGGACCUCCCCUACGCAGCCCAGCGAGGCCCGCCUGCUGGCUUGGGCUCCCGCACAUCUGGCCCUUCUGCGCACAUCUGGGCAGCCGGCGCCUUAGCAUGAACGGCUCUGGGACGGGCGCCGCGGCCCCAGCCACUUGGCUGAGCUCCUGCUGCAACCAGUCAGGGGUGCUGCCCGAGCCCCCCGAGGGGCCGCCCGUCGUGCAGGCGGCGGUGCUGGGCGUGCUGUCACUGCUCGUGCUCUGCGGGGUCCUGUUCCUGGGCGGUGGCCUGCUCCUGCGUGCGGAGGGCCUGACGGCGAUGGUGCUCCGCGAGCGGCGCGCGUCCCGCGAGGCCGAGUCCAGCAGCGCCGGCCGAGGCGACCACAACUCCUAGGCACCCAUGCGCUCGAGGGCGGGGGUCGCGGCCUCCGGGGCGGCCCACACGACUCGGCCCUGCUGCGGAGAGGGGUGGGGGUGGGAGGGCUCGGCGCCCACCCCGCCCUCCCC